UGAUGCCGAGCAGCACACGCAGGACCCCACGCUGGGAUGGACAGGCCACCAUCCUGCUCCAUCUGCACGUGGCCCGCGAGGUGGGAAGCGCCGGGGCCCAUGCCCACACCUGUCUGCCUCUCGCCGUGGGGCGCUUGGCGGGCUCAGGCUCCCACAGGCGCUCGUCCACCCCCAGGAAGUCCCAGGCCUCGCACGACACUUGCAGGCUCCCUCUCAGGUCUCCGACCCCGGGUGCCAGGUGUCUCCCAGAAGCAGCCGGGUCCCCAGCCGCCCAGGCUCGGCGCCACAUCCUCCCCCUGCAGAGCUCGGGGGCCACGGAGGAGACUGACUUCCUGCUGCUUUCUCCACAGCCCAGCUGAGCCCAGUGCCAUGUGGAGCUGCGGCCCGCUCAACGGCACAGGCAGGGGCGAGGACCAGCCCCUCUGCCCGCACUUCCACCUGGCCCUGUCGGGCUUCUCCCUGCUCUACCUGGUCGUCGGCGUCCCGGUGGGCCUGGCCUACAACGCGCUGCUGGUCCUGGUCAACCUGCACGACCAGAGCAGCAUGAGCAUGCCCGACGUCUACUUCGUGAACAUGGCCGUGGCGGGGCUGAUCCUCAGCGCCCUGGCGCCCGCGCACCUGCUGGGCCCCGCCGCCUCCGGGUGGGCGCUGUGGGGCUUCAGCGGCGAGGUGCACGUCACGCUGCUGGUGCUCUUCGACGUGUGCGCCCUGGUGACCAUGUACUCCACGGCCCUGCUCAGCCUCGACUGCUACAUCGCGCGCGCACUGCCGCGCACCUACAUGUCCAGCGUGUACAACGCCAGGCACGUGUGCGGCUUCGUCUGGGGCGGGGCCCUGCUCGCCAGCUUCUCCUCCCUGCUCCUCCACAUCUGCAGCCACGUGGCGGCCCAGGCCGUCGAGUGUGCCAAGAUGCAGGACACAGAGGCCGCCGACGCCAUCAUGGUGUUCGUGGGGUACCUGGUGCCUGGCCUGGCCGCGCUCUACGCCCUCGUGCUCAUCUCCCGGCUCCGGAAGGAGGACACGCCCCUCGACCAGGACUCAGGGAGGCUGGACCCCUCGGUGCACAGGCUCCUGGUGGCCACCGUGUGUGCGCAGUUCGGGCUGUGGACGCCCCACUACCUGAUGCUCCUGGGGCACACGUCCCUGGCCCUGCGGGGGAAGCCCGCAGACGGGCACCCCCUGAGGGCGCUGCUUCUAGCUAAGGACGUGUCGCGGCUUCUGGCCUUUUCCAGCAGCUCGGUGAUGCCGCUGCUGUACCGCCACAUCAGCAGGAGCUUCCCCGGCAAGCUGCAGCGGCUGAUGAAGAGGGUGCCCUGUGGGCGCCGGAGCUGCCCCGUGGACCCGGCAGAGGUGCAGCAGGUGCCGGCGUAGGCGCUGGCCACAGCCGGGCCGCCCUGAGCGCCGGUCCUGGGGCCGGCCAUGCCCACUGCGGGUCGGCCGACGGGGCCGCUGGCACAGGCGCUGCCGGCACAGUCCGCGGUG